AUGUCCCGGGAAAUUUAUGCUCUAUUUAUUAGUCUUAAUAUGGCAUUAAUGGCGCAGUCAAAGGAUAAUCGUAUUAUGACUACUGUUAAGGAGACAAUCCCUGUGGCUGUACAAAAUAAUCUUGAAGAAGUGUCAAUCUUACAUAAAGUAUUUCGAAUCGUAUACAUUGUAAUGCUUACAUUAAUGGGUAUUAUUGCUACUGUAAUGUUCACUAGAAAUAUUCUUGAUUAUAAGAGUGCUCAAAAGCGAUUCCAUCCGAAACCUCGUUCACCAGAAUCGAUCGUUGAAUCAUCCGCUUCUCUUACGGACGGAAAAAUCUAUGAAAAUGGAAAGAAAAAAAAGGAAUCUGCUGCUGUUACCACCAAUUCAAUAUCGAAGGACAGUACGGGAUCGCAGCCAGUAAGUGAUUUCCCGACGCUGAUACCUUCUAAAUCCCGAAGCAGUGCUGGACAGGAUGAUGAUGCUAACAAUGAGAUGUCACUAACGCAGAAACAACGACUUGGGUGGGAUGACGUCGAAAUGAUGCGUCAUGGCCUAAUUAAUAGGUUAGCUAUUUCCUGA